AUGAAAAACCACUCAACAAUAACAACGUUCAUCAUACUGGGAUUGACAAAUGACCCACAACUACAGAUUCUGGUUUUCAUCUUUCUGUUUCUCACAUAUUUGUUCAGUAUAAUUGGAAAUAUGAUGAUAAUUGCUCUCGUCUUGGUGGAUUCUCAUCUAAAAACAGCCAUGUAUUUUUUCCUUCAGAAUUUUUCCUUUUUAGAAAUCUCAUUCACUACUGUGUGUGUCCCCACAUAUCUACACAUCAUAUCAACUGGGGAUAGAACUAUCACCAUCAAAGCAUGUUUCACCCAGAUAUUUUUUAUUGUCCUUUUUGGAGCUACAGAAUUUUUUCUCUUAGCUGUCAUGUCCUAUGACCGCUAUGUAGCCAUCUGCAAGCCCCUGCAUUAUGUGACCAUCAUGAACAGCAGAGUCUGCAGAAUCCUUAUCCUCUGUUGUUGGAUGUCUGGAUUAUUGAUUAUCCUCCCACCUCUUGUUUUGAGCCUCCAUCUGGAAUUUUGUGACUCUGUCAUUGACCAUUUUAUCUGUGAUGCUUCUCCACUACUGAAGAAUUCAUGUUCAGAUACGUGGUUCAUAGAGCAGCUGGUUAUUGCUUGUGCUGUACUGACCUUCAUAAUGACUCUUAUAUGUGUAGUUCUAUCCUACAUACAUAUCAUUAAGACGAUUCUAAGAUUGCCUUCUGCUCAACAAAGGAAAAAAGCCUUUUCCACCUGUUCUUCCCACAUGAUUGUGGUUUCUAUCACCUAUGGCAGCUGCAUAUUUAUAUAUGUCAAACCUUCAACAAAGGAUGAAAUGGCCAUAAACAAGGCCGUUUCUCUGCUAACUACGUCGGUUGCACCUUUGUUGAACCCCUUCAUUUAUACCCUGAGAAAUAAACAAGUAAAGCAGUCUUUCAAUGAUAUCAUCAAAAGAUUUGCAUUUAUUUCAAAGAAAGAGUAG